AAUCGAUAGAAGCCCACACAAAUGCAAUCGAAGGGAGGGCCCAUCUCUAACAAACAGCUGUUUUCAUUUGUUGACAAAAAAUUGUUUUUAACGAAACUUGCGGAAAAAUGCUGACUUCUAUGGUUAAAGAGCAUCAUAAGGAGCAGGUGAAACGAAAACAGGAGCAAGAGGUGCGCAGAAAGGAGGCAAUCGAAGCGUCCAACGAACUCACACAGUCCUUGGUGGACCAUCUGAAUGUGGGUGUGGCGCAGGCAUACUUGAAUCAAAAGCGCUUGGAUGCUGAGGCUAAGCAGCUGCAUGUGGGGGCGACAAACUUUGCCAAGCAGACUCAUCAAUGGCUGCAGUUGAUAGACAACUUCAGCGGUGCCUUAAAAGAGCUGGGCGAUGUAGAGAACUGGGCGCGCAGCAUCGAGGGUGAUAUGCUAGUAAUACAACAGACUCUGGAGGUGGCAUACAAGGCCUCGCGCGCAACCCAAGCAACAGGAGCUCCUGCCGGAGUUGGGUCGGAGGCCUCCACGUCAGCGGCCGCCGCCGCAGCAGCCGUUAAUCCUAAUCCAUAAGCAACAUGAAGACUUGUUUUAAAUCCUUAUUCAUUUAUUUGUUUGCAUAAUAUACAGUCACUCGGAAACUUU